AUGACCGAUCAAGAUUCUAAAAUGGGUAAUGAAGAUAAUGGUCAACAAAAUAAUAAUUUUAAUAAUUCAAGCAAUGGAACAAAUCGUGGUGGUGGUAAUCAUGGAAGACUUGAUGUACGAUUUCUAGUGUGUAGUCGAGAUGCUGGAGCUAUUAUUGGUAAAAAAGGUUCAAAUAUUCAAACACUUCGACAGAAACAUAAAGUUAUUAUUCAAGUACCCGAUUGUGAUGGACCAGAACGUGUUUUAACAAUUCAAGGUGAUUAUGAUUCUUGUAUAUCAGCUAUUGUCGAUAUAUUACCAAUAAUGAGAGAUAAUCAACGUGUACAAAAUGAUCAAAGUGAAAUACGUUUAUUAACACAUCAAAGUCAAGCUGGAGCGGUCAUUGGAAAAGGUGGUGAACGUGUACGUGAACUACGAUCAAAAUUUAAUGUUGGUAUGAAAGUUUUUGUUCAAUGUUUACCAUUUUCUACUGAACGUGUCGUUGCAUUACGUGGUCGUGCUGAUGAUAUUGAACGUUGUUUACGUGAAGUUUUUAGUAUUCUUGAUCAAACACCACCACGUGGACAAAUGUGUUUCUAUGAUCCAAUUAAUUUUGAUGUAAAUCUUUCAUCUGAAUAUGGCGGUUUUUCUGAAGUUCAAUAUGGUGCAAUGAUGAAUCAAGGAGGUAAUGGUGGUGGUGGUGGAAAUGGACCACCUUCAUCAUAUCGUGGACCUCGUGAUCAAGGAAAUUUCCAAGGUCCACCAUAUAAUAAUAAUAAUAAUAAUAUUAAUAAUUAUCAUAAUGAUCUAAACGAUAAUUAUAAUCAAGGACCCCCUCCACCCAUACCACGUCCAUUAAUCAGUGGAAAUGAUUCAAAUUAUGGUGCACCACAAAUUCAGACAAAUCAAGUUACUAUUCCAAAUCAUCUAGCUAGUUGUAUUAUAGGACCUCGUGGUACAAAAAUAGCACAUAUACGUCAAACGUCUGGUGCUAGUAUUCGUAUUGAUGAUCCAGCUCCAGGUUCAAAUGAUCGUAUUAUUACAAUACAAGGUUCUCCUGCUCAAAUAAGUCAAGCACAAUAUUUUCUACAAAUGGCUGUGAAAGAAUCUGGCUUAUGGAAUGGAAAUUAA